UCGAUAAGUCACGGUACAAAGAAGCGACGAAUCAAUACAUUGGGUAUACUUGUUGCACGAAUGUAAAUUAAAUACAUUUUAUACGUAGUUCUCUAAUUAUGGAGAAGGUAUGCCGUGUUUGCCUCAACAAUUCCGAUGGUAUGGUCGACAUAUUCGGCGAGGAACAACCGGAGGAGGAGGAGAUCAGCUUGGCAGACAUGCUCAACGAAUGCAUCGAUUGCAAGAUUCGAGUGGACGACAACUUCCCCAAGUGGAUCUGUUGGACCUGCUACUUGGAUGCACAGAUCGCAUUCAAGUUCAAGCGCAAAUGCGACCAAAGUUACAAGCUGUUGACUUUGAAGCAGGAGGAGCAGCAGCAUAAGCAAUUUCCCGUGGAUCCCGAUGAAUUUUGUGCCAUACUUGAGGAACUGUCCAAGCCAGACGAAAACGUCGUGAAAGAGGAGCCAGAUGAAAAUUGCGACUGCGAAGAGGCUGUUGCUCCCAGCACUCCAGAGCGAGAUCCGCAGCAAGACGCUGAAGAGGAAGAGGAGGAACAGGAACUGCCGAAGACGCCACGGCAGCAACCGCAGCAGAGUUUUGAUGAGCUUAUGUCGCCGCCCUUUACUGGGUUCCGGGAACCCGACUCCAGCCCAAGUCCUUAUUCGAUGCGUCAAUCGGCAAGAACAAGAGAAAUCGCUAAGAAUUUGGAAUCGGAGCUGCAGCUAGAGUCGGAUGACAACAGCCCAAGUGAUUUUAGCGCUGACGAAGAUGAUGAGGAUUACAUUGACAACGUUAACGACAAAGACACCGAGAGAGUGCCACAGGCAGGUCGUCCACACGAAUGUCCCGAAUGUCCAAAGGCUUUCAAUCGCCUGGACACGCUCAAAUCGCAUAUGCGCACGCACACUGGCGAGCGUCCCUACUCGUGUCCGCAUUGUCCGCGCAAGUUUGCCCAAAGCCAUCAUGCCCGGGAUCACAUUAAUGCCCACAACGGACAGCGACCACAUCAGUGUCCGCAUUGCCCAAAGGUGUUUACCCAGAAAUCCAAUUUGCGUGCACACAUCAUUUUGCACACGGGCAAGGGAGCAUACAAAUGUUCGCACUGUUCCAAGUCCUAUGCUCGUAACUAUGAUCUGAAGACACAUCUACGUAUCCACAGUGGUGAUCGUCCCCACACAUGCAGCUUCUGCUCCAAGGGUUUCAAUCGCCGACGCGAUCUCGAGCGGCACAUUCGCCUCCAUACGGGACAACAGCCCUUCAAGUGCUCAAAUUGUGGACAGCGAUUCUCGCGCAAGGAUCAACUGCUUAUCCAUGAGCGUAAUCAUGAGUGUGAAGUUUAAAAUAUGAACCUUUAAGUGUACAUAUCCAAGUAUGUUAUCUAUAACAUACAUUUACUAAUACUGAAGCAGUUCAUUUCGUUUAUAAAAUGAAAUGAAUUUUUUUUUGUUAAUGGAAUUUGUUUGCUAAGCAGAUAGAAAAUUUAUCUGAAAUAUUCAAAUACCUCCUCUUUUAAUUUUUUUCUAUAAACGUAAUCGAAAAAAAAGAUGAUUUAAACAAACAUUUAAAUGUACAUAUUUUAAAGCAUAAGUGUCUACCGUAACUAUCAAGAGUCUACAGUAUUAUUAAGCAGUUAAUUUAGUUUAAGAACUUGAGAAAUGAAUUAUUUUUGAUAUGAAUUGAAGAAUUGAAAUUUGGAAUAUUGCAUUAAAUAU